CUAUCAUCCCACUUGGAUCUGAGUAUAUUAUAUCGGAUAUUUGAGCAAGGGAAGAUACCAAUAUCAAACACAUCAAACCAGAAAAUAAACGAAAAAUGGAUAUCGUCCACGGCAAAAACGCCGAAUUCGUUCCCCCACCUCUUAAACAUCGUGGCGAUGGCCUCGCUUUCAAAGACCUGUUCCGUGGUCAGAAUGGAACACCUGAAAACUACUACCUGUCAGUCGCCCGCCAAGGAGAUUUUUAUUCCCCGCGACACAAACACAAUUUCGACCAAUUUCGGUUCGCGCUGCGCAAUGAGGUUUCAAUAAGUCCAGACAUGUUGUUGCGCGAAGGCGAGCUCUCGUAUCAUCCUGAAGGAGUCCAAUAUGGUCCCCAGCACGACGAUGGUGGAAAGCGAGAUGUUCUAGUAUUACAAUUUGGCGGGGCGAGCGGGCAGGGCUAUCUUUCUUUCGAUCAGCUGGCAGCUGCUCAAGCGGCGUUGAAGGAAACGGGGCGUUUUGAAGGGGGCAAGUAUUACAGUAACGACGGCACGGCGGAUGAUGGGAAGGACGGGUAUGAGGCGUUAUGGGAGCACUGUAACGGCCGUCCUUUGGUGUAUCCGACUCCGAGAUUCCAUGAUCCGAUCCUCAUUAAACCGAAUGCCUUUGCUUGGAAACCCUAUACUAGGACUCCGGGACACAACGUGCUCUACAAGAGCCUCGGUGUUUUCACUGAGCGAGAAACACGAGUGCAGAUGAUUCGGGUUGAGUCUGAUGGGCAAUGGGAACUUCGCGCUGAAAACGCUAUUCAGUUAUUGUACGUGCUACGCGGCGAGGGAAGUGUGAUUUCAGUUAAUGCAGGAUCGCCACAAAGGAUGCAGGUUGAGAGCGCUCUGCGUUUGACACCAGAUUCAGACAGUCAUAAGAUUUCAACUACAUCCGAGAUAGAGAUUCUGCACUUUAUCUUGCCUAUGUUGUCAAGUGGACUUGAGUAGUUUCUUUCCAGCACUUCAAAUUGAGGUAGAUAGAGGACGGCGGAAGAGCUACUUGAUUGGCUUUCAGGUAACUCAUUCCAAGGAGUUUGAGAAGCAGCCCCAUCACCUCUGCCACACAGAGAAUGAGCUGCAGCCUUCUACUAAGUAGUAGUAGUAGUAGUUAAGUCCAGGCUCAUUUAAAAUAAAUUUCUGGCCAAAUGCAAGCCUUAAAAA